UCUGUGAUGUCACAUCCGCGCAGCCGCCUGGUAGCUUCUACCAAGUAGCAGAGCGUCUACUAAGAAGUCAUUUCCAUGUUAUUUGAUGAUAAGAAACAGCUGCAUACACUGGAUACAUUGAAAGGAUAGUGUGACUUUUAAGGAAAAUCAUGGAGGAACAAACUACCGACAUAGAAGUGACCGUCAAAACAUUAGACUCCCAAAGCAGAACCUACACAGUUGGUGCUCAGUUGACAGUGAAAGAGUUCAAGGAGCACAUCGCUCCUUCAGUUGGAAUUCCUGUGGACAAACAGAGGCUGAUAUACCAGGGCAGAGUGUUACAGGAUGAAAGGACUCUGACAGACUACAAUGUAGGUGGCAAGGUGAUACACCUCGUGGAAAGGGCGCCUCCUCCACCCUCUCAGCCCGGCUCAGGGUCAGGAGGAACUUCAGCUGACAGCGGGCCUUCCUCUUCCUCCCAGGGAACAUCACAAGUGCCUCCACAUGAUCGCAACGCUAACAGCUACGUAAUGCUCGGCACCUUCAACCUGCCCGUCAACAUCAUGGACCCUCAGCAAAUACAGAUGUCAGUCCAGCAGAUGGUGUCAGGAAUGGGAGAAAAUGCCAGGAAUGCCAGAGUCACAACCAGCACUGGGAGCAAUGGAUCUGUGAAUGUGCACAUCGAUAUGGACCAACCAGUGCAGAGCGAGCCGAGGCUGAGGCUGGUGCUGGCUGAGAACCUGCUGAGAGACAUCAACGAGGUCAUCCACAGGAUGGAGGGUCGAGCAACUGAAUCGUCCUCCACCCAAACAGAGACAGCCUCUGCCGCCGCUGCUGCUGCUGCUGCUGCUGCUGCUGCUGCUGCUGCUGCUGCUGCUGCUGCUGCGCCUCCUCCUCCCUCAUCUUCAUCCACCAGCUCCACUCCUUCUCCCUCUGCCCAGCCCAUGGACACCUCCCCACCCCCAACAACUCCUCCACCUCCCCCCACCUCUUCAGCACAACCUGAGGGACCAACACCCCAACCUGGACCCAAUCACCCCAGCCCAGCUGAGCUGGCAGAGAUGUUGUCUGAGCUGCGCAGGGUGGAGGAGAGACUGCAGCCUUUUAUUCAGAGAGCUCACACCAUCCUGGAGACAGCCACCACGGCAGAAUACAACAAUAACACAGAGAGAGAGGAUGAUCAGCGCAAUCUUGUAAUGACCUGGGAGUGUCUCCGUCUCCUUGGUAACGCCCUUGUGGCCCUCAGUGACCUGCGACUGAACCUCAUGAGCCCGGUGCCCCGCCACCUUCACGUGGUCCGGCCGUUUUCCCACUAUGCCACCCCAGUCACUAUGCCUGGAGCUGUGCACCACCACAUCCCCGUGCAAAUGAACUUGGGUGCCACAGUGACUGUUGGGGCUAAUGGUGCUGAAGGACAAGCCCCACCCAACCAGUCAGCCAACCAGUCGGAGCAAGCAGGUCAGGGACAGACCCCCCCUUCACAGACUUCCCCCUCCAGUCAGCAGGCUGGACAGGGACAAGCUGGCCCCCGAGUCAUCAGGAUCAGCCACCAGGCAGUCCCGGUGGUCAUGAUGCAGAUGAACACGGACGGUGCAGCCCCAGGUGCAAACCCUGCUGCAGCUGGGCAGCAAAUACCAGGACAACCAGGUGCCCUCCCUCCAGACUUCAUGCGGAAUCUCAUGCAGCAGAUCAGCCAGUAUGCUGCUGCCGUAGCUACUAGCGCCGCCACCGCAGGCCACCCGGUCCCACCGCAACCCACACCACCCGGCUACAGCUCCACUGCAAACUCUUCUACCACAACCACAGGCCCCAACACACCCACCACCACCCCUACUGCUCCCCCACCUCCUCCUCAUGCAGGUCCCCAGCCCCAGGCUAGGGUUGUGUUCACCCGGCCACCCUUCGCACCCAACAUGGCCCCUCCUGCCUUUGGCCCCCGGGGGACCACCAUCAAUGUGAGGGCUGCUAUGCCAGGCCAGCAGCCAGGACAGGCUUUCAACCCUGCUGCUCUCAACCAGAUGAUUAGUGGAUUGGUUGGACAGCUUCUACUGCCAGGACAAAUGGCAGGUCAAACAGUCACUUCCUCCUCAUCCACAUCCACUUCUUCUUCAUCCUCCUUCUCCUCAUCUUCCCAAAACCCCACCUCUUCCUCUUCCUCCUCCUCCUUUUCUUUCUCCACCUCGGGUCCAACACCUCCCCCCAACGCAAACACUACCGGUCAGCCAGAGGCCAACCCUGCUGGGCCCCAGGAGAUGCCUCCAGAUCUGGGCCAGCUCCUGGGUACUCUUCUGGGUGUAGCUGGUGGGGCCGCUAUGGGACCUGGGGGGGGCCCUUCAAUUACUGUGACCACAUCUGGGGUCCCAGCCUUCAUCCAGGGAGUGAGUGAAUUCAUGCAGGCUUCCCAGCCCAUCUUCGCCGCCCCUCCACCUCCACCUCCUACAGGCACCACUCCUGCUCCUGGUGCAGGCUCCAAUCCCACUCCCAACCCUCCCGGGGCGGCUGAAGCCCUCAACCCGGAGCUGUUCACGGGCAUCGUCCGUGGCGUCCUGAGCACCAUGAUGGGCUCCCUUGGACAGGCCCAGAACGACACUGAGAGCAUUGCACAGUUCAUGCAGAGGCUGUCCCAGGCUACCAACAUCUUCAUCAGCCCUGAGGAUCCUACUGGGUUUUUUGGAGAGCUCCUGAUGCUGGUGUGUCAGACCUUCACCAUGUCAGACUUGGUGAUGCUGCUUCAUGGUCAGCACCAGCCACUCGGCCGUAUCCAGCCCCAACUUUCCCAGUUCUUCACCCAGAACUACCUCAACGGCAGAGAGCCUACCGAUGAAAACAUUGCUGCAGCAGCUGGCAGUCUCGUCAAUGAGCUGGAGGAGUACAUCACAGAGAGCUUUAGGGAGUCUUCAGUCACCGUGUUGGAGGGCGUUGAUGCCACCCAGACCAACAUGUCCUUCUUCAGACAGCAGCUGAUGCACAUUGCAACUCAUAUUCUGCGAUGUAACGAUGAGUCAUUUGGGCCACAGCUGCUUCAGGUGUGUAACCAAGCACUGUUUGAAUGUCUCGCCCUCAACCUGCACUGCUUGAGGGGAGACCAGAGAGCCCUCACUGCAGUCAUCAACCACAGAAUACGGAGGAUGUCGAGUGACAUCAGCCCCAGCCUGGUCAACUGGAUGACCAGCAUGAUGACGAUGAGGCUGCAGGUCAUUCUGGAGCAUAUCCCUGUCACCCAGGAGCAGAUCCAGAACUACAUAGUUUACACACAGAGAGAUCAGUCUUCCACAGCUGGCACACAAGAGCCUGAACGAGCACAAAGUGCUGUGAUUGGGGAUACCCACUCACCCGCUGCAGCCACCACAGCCGAGGAGGCCAUGUCUGUGUCACACGACACGAGGGCAUCGUCACGGGAGACCCGGGUGUUGCCUGGGGACCUGGGCGCCUCCGGAGGAGCCGCACCGUUAGGUGGCGACAUGGCCGCAGCGGGAGCUGAGGGAGGAAGUGAGGAGUCUGCUCGAGAGUCAGAGGCCUGGGCUGCUGCUGUUCCACCUGAGUGGGUGCCCAUCAUCAGGUGUGACAUGAUGACCCAGAGGAAGAUGAAGGCUCAGCCUCCGCUCUCUGACGCCUAUCUGCACGGCAUGCCGGCCAAACGCAGGAAGACGGGACCGGGUGGUGGAAGCCUCCUGUCACUUUCCGACGCUGUGAGUCAGGCAGCCAGAACAGCCGGAGUGAAGCCCAUCACAUCAACCGAGGAGCUACAAGAUGAGCUGGAGACGCAGGAGCUGAAGGAAGCUUAUGCAGAGCAGGUGAAGUCCGACAUCAAGAAGCGAGUGAGGGACGACCAGGAUUUCAAAUCCCAGCAGUUCCCCAACUCUCACAGAGCUUUCUCAUCAGACUCAUAAUCAUCAGAAUCAGAACCUCUGUCAUCAUUUCUUCUUUUAUUCUUAAUUUGACUACCACUCAGCGCAGCUUCACCCCCUAAUCUGUCGGUUUGCCUCUUUAGCAGCUCUCUUGAAUUAUUGCCUCAUGCUAAUGUGAGUUCUCCCCCAGUGCCUAUUUAUUUUUCUGUUGAUUUUUGUCCAACCUUUGCUGAGACAAUUUAGUUUGCUAAAAGGCAAAAUAGCACCAGAAUUAAGUUUGACUAAAGCAGGUCACUUCUGUCUGUAUGUCUGCUCUUUUUUGCCCUCUUAUCCUCUUGUGGUUUUGUUAAUAUGGAGCCUGAAUCAUUUUAAUUUAGUCAACUUCUCUGCCUUCCUCUUAGUACUCUGAAACACAAGAGUAUACUUUCAUGCGAUGAACAUGCUGUUUGGUACAUGAAUGUACAGUAAGCUUAAUAAAAUCUUGAUAC